UCCUUCUCGCCGAUGCAGUGCGUCGUCACGUUCGCUUGUUUCACGCCGAAUUUCACCCUUCGCAUGUUGAUGGGAUAGCGAGACGAUGUACGGGACGGUGUCACCUCGACCCCACGUCCAUCCUCCGCACAAGAUGAACGGGUCCAUCUUGUCAGGGCGAGGGACCCCCCACCACAACAUGUUGAAUGCGUCCAUGACGACCAGCCCGCAUCCGGUGCUGUUGAACGCGUCCAAGGCGAGCAAUCACAGCCCGGGCACGAACACGACCGUGUUAGAAUCCGAUCAGCCGGUCACCCGGGUCAUGAGGAUUCCCCUUAAUUCAACGCGGAUCAUGAAUUCCCCUCCGCCGCCACCUCCUCCGAACCGGAACUUGGUGUCCAACUACUUCUUCCCCAAGUCGUUUGGUGUUCGCGAACACUUGGUGGCACUGUGUCUCCUGUGCGUGAUCUCGUUGUUGUUGUCCCUGUUGGCCCUGGUGUUCCUGCUCCGGGUAUCCCGGUUCGAAGGGCCGAGGCAUCUACGCGAGGAGUUCGAUCCCUUCCCCAUGUUCGGGGGCGAAGAUGGAUUGAGGAAGGAGGAGUGGAUGCUGAUGCACGAGCUCAGCUUGGCCUUGACGGCCUUGACCUUGUCCUUGGACAUCUGCUGCCUCCUCGUCUCGGCCGUCCAAUUCGUCUUCGCCGUGAAGCUCCUCAAGUCCCCCCACGGACAACUGAGGACGGCGAAGUACCUGAAGGACUCGUCGAGGAGCCAAUCUUGCGCCAUCGGAGGAUUCUUCCUCUCUGUCCCCAUUUUCCUUACAGGUGUGAUCCUGUACACCUUCAUGCAUUUCCAUUCCCGGUCGGCCAUUGUCACAUCUAUUCUCCUCGGUUUGGGAGUCUUAUUCUGCGGCAUUGCUAUGAUCCACAACGUCUACAUAUGGCAAAAGGACAAAUCACUGAAGCUGGGGACUCGGGGUUACAAGAAGAAGAACCGGACACGGAGUCCCAUUCCACCAGUGACCAUCUCAGGUCCCUUGGAACUGAGUGGGAUCUCGUCCACCCACGCACACGAACUCUCCACCCUCGUCUAGUCCGUCACAUGUCCCAGAGAAAUUGCGACACGUCAUGCCGCACGUGUCACGAUGCACAAGAGACGUCGAAAUUCCCAGGAUAUUCCGACAAUUCUAUGCAAUAUUUUUUCAUACAGACAUUCAUUCAUAUCUGUGAUGUAUUCAGAUUCAGAAGCCCUGAGAACGUGGUCUCCCUGGGAUAUUACUCUUUAUCUCCAGGAUAUGCAG